AUUCUGAACCUUGUCCUUUAGAGGGAGUGUGACCCUGUUCAGGACAGGUUGAACAUUUCCCAAAUGGACAGAUGAUUGACUCACCUACUUCCACCUUAUCUGGAUUGAGUCUCAGUUUAUUGGCAUUCAUCCAGUCCAUCCCUGAGUCCAGACAGUCACUGAACAGUCACUGCCUCACUUGGCUUCAAUGAAAGGGAGAGGUAGAGCUGAAUGUCAUACUGGAGUUAGUAGUUCCAAGGACCAAUGCUUCCGUUCACCCAUUCAGGUUGGUAGUUUCCUUCCUGAAGAAGACUCAAUGGCAAUGUUACAUUUAGAUGAUUUUAGAAUUUCUAGAUUUAAUGGCCUUAUGGGUUCUCUUCUGUAGAUGGUAAAUACUUCACUUAUUUCAAAAGUUGCCAAGCCAGCCCUACUGCACCUGAGAUCUUUCUGCACAUACUGCUGAGUGGGACCCUAGACUUCUGCCCCAAAAGCCUAACUGGCUACCUUCCUUCUGGAUUUUAGAAGAGCAAUAAUGGUGUCUUCAUUCUACAGGUCAGUUACUUCGCCUGAAAAUGUUCCGAGAGGAUCAUGGCUCUUGGAUGACGAUGUUCUUCAGCACCAUCCUCUUCCUCUUCAUUUUUUCUCACAUGUACAAUCUCUGUCUUCUUAUGGCAGGUGACAUGAGGGCAUACAUUGUAACAGACUUCAUGGGCAUCAGGAAUGAAAGUUUUAUGAAGGUGGCAGCUGUGGGGACAUGGAUGGGAGAUUUUGUCACAGCUUGGAUGGUCACAGAUAUGAUGCUUCAGGACAAGCCUUAUCCUGACUGGGGAAAGUCCGCUAGAGCUUUCUGGAAAAGGGGAAACAUCAGGAUCAUUUUAUUCUGGACUGUUCUCUUGACUUUGACCUCAGUGGUUGUGCUUGUCAUCACAACUGACUGGAUCAGCUGGGACAAGCUGAAUCGUGGAUUCCUGCCAAGUGAUGAGGUUUCAAGGGCCUUUUUGGCUUCCUUCAUCUUAGUGUUUGACCUUCUUAUUGUCAUGCAGGAUUGGGAGUUCCCACAUUUUAUGGGAGAUGUUGAUGUAAAUCUUCCUGGCUUGCCUGCUGCACACUUCCAGUUUAGAUUACCUCAUUUCCAAAAGAUUUUUAAGGAAGAGUAUCAUAUACAUAUAACAGGCAAAUGGUUUAACUAUGGAAUCAUAUUUCUUGUACUCAUCUUGGAUCUGAACAUGUGGAAGAAUCAAAUAUUUUACAAACCACACGAAUAUGGGCAAUAUAUUGGUCCCGGUCAAAAGAUCUUCACUGUGGAAGACUCAGAAAGCUUAAAGGCCCUCAACAGAACCAAACUGUCUUGGGAAUGGCGGUCAAACAACACUAACCCUUUGACCAACAGGACCUAUGCUGAAGGGGACAUGUUUCUGCACAGCCGUUAUAUUGGCGCAAGUCUAGAUGUCAAAUGCCUGGCCUUCAUUCCAAGUUUACUGGCUUUUGCUUUGUUUGGGUUCUUCAUCUGGUUCUUUGGGCGAUUUCAGAAAACCGAUCAAGGCAUGGAAAAUCUUGACAAGUCAUACACACGCAUGAAAAGGAAAUCACCCUCAGAUGUGGGCAUGACACGAGAGAAUACACAGGUUUUAGCAGAAGAGCCUUUAAGCCUUGAAGACCCUCAUCUGGUAUCCAUCAAGUCAGACUUGAGUGAGAUUGUGUUUAAUUCUUCACUCCUAACAUCUGAAAACCUUAGCUCACAUUUAAAUGAACAGCCAAGUCCACUGCAACCAAUAAGGGAACCCACUGUAUCUAACAGUAAUACUUUAACCUAGUAACAUCCCUCUCAGAAGGAUCAAAACAAGAAAUUAUUGUGAGAUCGCAUUGUUCCUUUUUUGUAAGUGACAGUUUACAUAGUCUUUAGAAUAAGAAACAGAUACAACCUAUACCCCAACGGUGCUCAACAUGCUUUUUUCUAUGACUUUUUUUCUAUUUAUAUUAUAUGACUUGUGCCUAUUGUAUUAUAUCAAAAAUUCCUUUAUAGAUUGCUUCUAAAAAAUUGCAAUAGUGUACUAGAUGACUAUUUGCAGAUAUAAAAGCUACCUUGGUGGUGCCUUGAAACAUUAAAUUGUCUAACUCAAACAUGUAGAAGAGAUAUGAAGCUGUUCUUAGAAGUAUUUUGAACAGGCCAUUUUCUUUUAAAUAGAGUUAUUUAGAAAAGGUUGGGGCCACUGGCUGAAUAUGAUAAGCCUCUUGCCAGACCCUCUUUCCCCAUCCCUUCUGGAAGCCUGGAUGAUGGACUCCCUGCAGCGGCAAAGCAAAUUCUUGGGGAGGGGGAGCAAUGGAAACCUAUAGGGGGUCUGAUGCAUCAUACAGGCUGUGCACUGUCUGUUCUUAAUUUAGAACCUCGCUGAAUGGAUGUAUCAUCAACACAGGAACAAAUGUUCAUGGUCGGUGCUUCUGCAAAAGGUUUCUAAUAAGCAAUUGCAGUGGCAGACUGGCUUUAAUUUACUGAGCUAUAAAGGUGAUGACUUUGACAGCUGGACUUUGAAGAAGCAUGUUGAUUACUUUUAAUUUUGCUGGCUAGCUUCCAGACAAAAAUACAGAUUUACAACUCUGUAGCAUCAGAGUGAUAAUGUAGCAUGGGUCACUGCUUAGGAGUAUGUGACAUUCUCCACAAGCAAUUGCAAUUAGGUGAUAAUACUUAAUUAUGUUUUUUCCAUAAUUAAAGAUAAAUUACUACUUGAUCAAAAAUCCCAUCCCUCACCAUUUUAGGAGCAAAAGUUAAAAUGCAGCUUUGUUUAAAAUACAGCCAGACUUUCAAAAGACACUAAUCCAGUGCCAAAGAAAAAGUAUGGGAAUGCACUGAAGAAUAACACAAUCCACCAUUUGCAGUGUUUGUGGAAUUCUGGUUUAAAUGGAUUUGUCUACAUCGCCAUGGGAGAUGUGCAAUGCCACUGAGCAAACAGACUCUGGCAACAGCUUACAUUGUUGGGCAAUGGAUUGUGGGUGGGGGGUGAGUGAAUGUUUGAAAAAGAAUCACAAGCACCAUGGCAUUGUGUUGCAUUGAAGAAUUAAGACUAUGUCCAGUAAUAAUAAAUAAAGCAAGAAGAAGAAAGAAAAUCAAAGAAUAAUUGCAUUUAUUUUCUGUUCUGCCUUCCUAGAAUGUCAUAGCAUUUUUCAAUUGAGCACCUGCAACCCUCAUUUAUGAGACACUUCAGAUGGCUCAAAUGCAAACUCAAGUGCUGCUAUAACAAAGGUUCUUUCACAGUUGUCUCCUGAUGCUUCUGUAUUUUGUUUCAAUCUGUAGGAAGAAAUGCCUGUAUAUAACUAUUGUUCUGUAAUGUGUACUUUGUGUGGCCUCUGUGAGGCAAAAAUCUAUCUGAAUGGGCUUGAGGCCUUGUUUUGUUGCUGAUAAAAUAUAUAAUAGUUGCUUAGCGACAUUCUGAAGGGUGGGGAGAGACCAUUGCUUUGGGUAUUGUUAGAAGGAGCCUGGUUCAGGGAAAUUGCUCUCUCAUUUCAUUGGCUGGGCAUUCUAGUGAGGUAAAAAAGAAUGGGUGGAAAUGGCAGCUAAGGUACGGAAAUAGACAGCUAAGGGUUUCAUCAGAAAGGUUUGUAGAAGUUGGAAUGAAGAGAGGUCUGGUUGGAAUGUGGUGUUUGAGAAGGACUCAGAGAAGGCUGAGAAGAAUGUAAAUGGCUAUUCUUUCUCUAUGGGAUAAACUUAGAUGCCUGGUGAAGAUCAGUGGUAGGGAACAGACAAUGGUGUUGACCAAGAGGCUUUCCCAAGAUUUUGCCAGAAGAGGACUAUGCAAGUAGGGAAUACAAGCCCAGGUAAACCAUCCAAGCAGCCAGUGAUACAACAGAAGGAGCUUGCGUGUCAGAGGAAGACUGUAGGCCAAGCUGGACCUUGUUGCAAGGGUAUUUGGCUUGAGCAGAGGUUAGGGACUUUCACCUGAGGUUAAAAGAAGUCCUUAGAGGCUUAUAACAGCACAAGUGCCUCUUGAGUCCCAAAGAAUGGUCAGUAAGCAGUCUUUUGAAAAAUCCAUACAAAAUAUUAAAAAUUACUUAUGUACAAAA